GUAGACUAGCUUCUAGCCUUGAGGUUACGCGGUACAUUUGUGUUUUGUUGGAUGAUGGAGUUUGAAAGUCUGUGCAAUUAUGGUGGGGUUACUGAGGAAGAAAUAGGAUCAGUCAGCCCUGAACUAGUUACUAAACUUAAUAUUGCAUUUGAUAACAUCUAUCACGAUGCUGAAGUGGCGAAAGAGGAACUUGCGAAACUUCAGAAAGCUCAAGAAAAUAGUGCGUUGCAUUAUUCUGAAGAGCAGUACAAACUAAAGUCAGCAUCUGAAGAGUUAGAGAAGAAGCUGAGAGAAUGCAACGAUGCACUUUACGCUAUCGAAGAAAAGCUUCAUAAUGUUAAUGUGGAGAAGGAGGAUUUCCGUACAAAAUUAAACGACUGUUUGUCCGUUAAUAAUGAGCUUAACCUCGCUAUCCGUGGAUUAGAAAAUGAGAAAGAAAUUUUGUCUGAUCAACUAAAGAAUAAGCUCGGGUUGAUUGACUCUCUAACCUCUGAAAUUAGCGAGCUACGUACAGAAGCCGAAAAUGUUCGGAAACUAAAAAUAGAAAUGAUGUUGAAGUCGGAAGAUAUUAUCGGGCGUGAGUCGUCGAUAAAAGCUCAAGAAGCUCGUUGGUCAGACGAACUAUCUAACUUACAGCGACACAAUGACUGGCUAGAGGAACGUCUCCAACAGACAACUGACCAGUUACUGACAGUUAGGAGAGAUUCAUACCAAAAGUCUUACUCUCUUGAAGCUGAACUUGGUCUUCGUAACGUUGAACUUGAGAACUCCAAACAGUGUGUUGAAAGACUAGAAACAAAUGUACAGAAGCUUACUCAGACAAAUGACGAGUACAUCGUCAAACUUAAACUAGUUACGGAUGAACAAAUAAAAAUGGAGCAGUUGUACGGAAAUGAAAUUGAGGCACAGAAGCAACUUAUAAAACUGUACAAGGAACAAGUAAAAGAGCUGGAAGAAAAAAAUGAGGAGCUUAGUAAUGCUGCUUCAUCCAUCCAGGGCCUCUUAAAGGAAGCUUAUGAGAAUGUGUCAAGGUUGGAGAAUGAAAACUCCUCUUUACAAGCGAAAUGCAGCGAAGCAAAUUCCAAACUACAGAUAGCUACUGAAAAUCUCGCUUCUGAGAUGGAAAGAAGUCAACAUCUUCUGGAUAAGUUCAGAGUGGAUGGUCUAUCUGAGGAAGAGUUACGCCAGCUUAACCCAUCUGUGGCCGCUACGCUGAGCGCUUUAAAGCGUGGCCAUAGUUUAACACAGUUGUAUACAGAUUAUGUGCAAGUUGUUGAAGAUCGAGACCAGCUCAAACUUGAUAAACAACGAUUGACGGAGUAUGUGGAACAGAUGGUCGAUGAGCUCAAAGAAAAAGCUCCUCUCCUACGAAACCAACAAGAAGAGUAUCGGAAAUUACAAACGGAGUUGAAAGAGCUUACGUCUUGUUAUCAAUGUACAGCGAAGAAGUUAGAAGAAGCGCAGUUGCAAAAGCGAGAGAGUGAGCGACGUGCUGGAUUUUACCGUCGAGAGACCAGUAGACUUAAACAAACGUGCUCCGAUCUAUCCAAACAAGUGAAGUCUCUGCUGUAUGAAGUUGAAGUAUCUAGGGGGACUGUUAUUCGCAAUGAGGGAGAUUUUUGUGCCAAGUCAGACGUAAGGGAUUUAAACGAACCCGAAGAUCAUCCGGUUCCAGAUAGUUCAGUGGAUAUUACCAAUGUUUCAAGCUUGUUGGAAAAUCUAGCUUCCUCUGCAAUGAUUAUUGAUGAUCAUCUUGUCACAUGGAAAAACUUGGAUGAGCUACAGUCUCAAAAUCAACGGCUGCUCUGCGUUGCUCGUGAUCUUGCUGCCCAGCUAGAAAAACACGAGCGAGAAGAUUCGGACACAAUUAAGCGUAUGUCUGAGCUGUCUUCUCGUGUUGAAACUUUAUCUGGUGAAUUGGACGUUGUACGUUUAGCCGCUCGUGAAGCACGAACAGAGGCAAAUAUGUUUUCUCAGCAACGUGACCAAUAUCGUGCUUUAUUGAAAAAAUAUGACAUCGACUUAUCUGAUAAAGAAGAACUUAGUUCUGCUCAAAGUCAAGAGUCUAUUUUAGAUGAUGGUAAUCCGCUAAGUCGCUCUAUGAUCAAUAAUAAGACUCCAAGUAAGGGUUCUCCUCCCAGCAAUGGAUCCUCUGCUGUUAUUGAGCGUCUGGAAGGUGCCCUAAGCUCGUUACAGGCGGAAUUUGCACGUUAUCGGGAGGACAAGUUGGAGUCAGAUCAUGUAUAUACUACUACAGUCGAUAGUCUACGAAGAGAAUACAACGAAGCUCGACUGUUAAAUCAGAAACUUAGCUCACAACUUGAUUUUACUCACGAAAAGCUGCGUGCAUCAGAAGCUAAUGUUGCUGGAUAUAAACAAGAAAUCACUAUCCUUCGUGAAAUGAAUGCCCGCUACUCAACUUCUGCAGCCUCCAGUGAAGCAGAAUUAUCAAGACUUAGAGAUGAAUUAACCCAUGCAUCUGAUCGCCUCACGACAGCAGAAGUGGAUGCAAGACAUUUUUCGCGACAGUUGGAAGCGGUGCGAGCUAAUGAGACUCGUCUUAAACAAGAAAUAGAUUCAUUACGCCGCCAUGAUCAAAUCCAUUCUCAGCUAAUGCAUCAACUUCAGUCUAUACAAGGAAGUCUCGAACAAAGAGAGUCAAUGGAUCGUUCAUUAAAUGAACGAAAAAUUGAACAGUUGGAGAAGCAACUAUCUACUGUCAAUUCAGCUCUUAUAGAUGCCUCCAAGGCCUCCCAAAUAGCUCAACAAACUUUGCAACACGAGCUAGCCCUUUCUCGUGAGUCCGUAGAGUCUAGUGGCAGAGAAAUUCAACAAUUAAAUACCCGGAUACGAGAUUUAGAGGAAAGAUUGGCAGCUGUUGGAUCUCAUGAUGACAAUAUGGAACCAAGUAUAUCUGAAUCAUCUCCUGAGUGUUCGAAAAAGGCUCAAAUUCGUGUUCGUGAACUGGAACAUGAAAUUGAAAGUCUUAAAUCUAGUUUAGAAUCAUCUCGGCAGCAAUCUGAUCGCAUGAAAACGUUGGCUGAACAGGCUGAAGAGCGUCUCAAUGAAAUUGUAGAAGAGAAUAAACGACUGGAAGAGCACUUUUCACGUGAUAUGUGUGAGACUAAACAGCGUUGUGAGUUUUUAGAGGCACAACUAGAUCUAGAAAGAAAAGAACGUCAAAAUCUUGUAAACGAAAAUAUACGAACUACAGAAGAAGCCCAUAAGUUGAAUGCAGAUUUACGUCGCGAAUUGGCUAGCUUACAGAAUGAAUUAGAAAGCUCCAGAACUCGUUAUGAAUCAGCUCUCCAAGUGGAAGCUGGUGCUAAAGCCGAAAUAGAAUGUCAUCAACAGGCUGCGCAAGAGGCUCGUGAUAAAUAUGAACGUGAACUGACAUUACAUGCACACGAUGUGGAGUUAUUAACAACAGUACGUUCACAAUUGGAUUCUAUUAAAAUGCAUUCCGGUGAAUUAGAACAAGAAUUAAAUGAAUCUAGAUCGAAAGCAGAAACUGCAAUUACUGAUUUAAAAAUUCAAAUGGAGUUAUGGGAAUCGGAAAAGCAGGAGUUGAACAGGCAAUUGAAACAAAGUCAAGAAGACCAAAAUUUGUUACAAGAUCAAAUAAUUCAACUUACACAACAAAUGGUUUCAUUAAGAAAAUCUUUAGAUAAAUCAAAUAUUUCUGCUGAAGACAGCAUGAGUUCCACUCAAGAUAUCGAGUCAAUUAAUUCAGAUAUAAAAACCUCUGAGGAAUUAUUACAAGUUAUUGGUUACCUCAGGCGUCAGAAAAACUUGGCAGAUGUUGCUCAUGAAGCUGCUAGUGCUGAAGUAUCCCGGUUGUUAUUGAGAGUGUCUAGUUUGGAAUCACAAAAGGAAAGUUUACAAUCUCAAAUCGAUAAUGAACGUAAAGCUGCUGAAUUAGCUAUGGAAACUGCUCGUAAACACUCUGAAGUUAUGGAACGUGUUGAACAAUUAAAUUUGGUUACUGAAUCUAAUCGAUUACUGCGUCAUGAAAGAGAGGUUUUGCGAUCAAAGUUAUCUGAUGCAGAAAAUCAGCUUGCAAAAUUGAACGAUGAAGUUGGUCCAUUAAAACAGUCCAACAGUGAUUUGAUUGCUCAGAAAGAUAUUCUAAUGUCUGAUAAACGAUCUCUUGAAGAAGAACGUGAUCGUUGGAAGGAGCGUUGUAGUCGAUUAGUAGAAACAGCUCAACGCAUGGAUCCUGAACAGUAUAGACUUGCAUGUAAUGAACGUGACGAAUUACAACGUAGAUUAAAUCGAGCUGAGGAGGAAGUUCAAAAUAAUGCUAAUAAGUUAUAUGAUUUAAAAAAUGAAUCAGAUGACCAGAUAAAAAAGCUAAAUGAUCUUUUGGAAAGUGCGCGUAAUUCAUACCAGGAAGCUGAACAGAAAAUUUCUUCAUUCAGUGUUCAAGAAAAUUUAUUAAGAGAAGAUUUAAGUGCAAAAGAGACAACAAUUAUGAAACUUCGUGAAAUCGGACGAAAAUAUCGUCAGGAAACCGAGGUAUUACGUCGAAAACUCAAUGAUAGCAGAUCAGAUGAAGCUCAACUUCAAACUACGAAUGAAGCAUUAACUGAAGCUAAAGCGGAUUUGGUUACUUUACGUUCUGACUAUUCUUCUUUACGUACUGAAUAUGAUCUCUUGGAAGCAAGUGUAACAGAAGCUCUUCAGUUUUUAGAUGAAGUGAAGGCUAGAGAAUCAGUUAUAACAAUUAUGAAUUCAUCUGUUGGAGAAUCAGAUAUUGAAAUAAAUCCUAAUAUGUCUAAUGGUCAAAAAGUGGUGAGUGAAUUUCGUCGUCUUCUGUCAGGUUUAUGUAAUGAGAUCGAUCGUUUACAACAGCAUUCGGAUUCUCAAAAAGAACGUUUACUACGAACUCAACUUAUAGAAUCUCAAUUGACAAAAUCUCAAAAAGAUUGCACAGAACUUCGGGCUCGUUUAAUUGAGCUUCAAUCGAAUAGCGUACAUCCUCAAACUGUGUCAGUAUGUUUGCAGACCAGUGGAGCCUCAUCUCCUGCAGCAUCGACCUUGCAGGAAUCCGAGUCCCAAGAUGGUGUUCAGAUAACGCAUCCAUUUGUACCACGGGCUUUGGCUUUAGGUGCUUCCCCAACAAAUCAAGCCACAGGGAAUCAGUUACAUUUCGAAACUCCCACUUCUUUGAACAUUACUGAUGGUAGUAGUACGGAAACUACAAGUUCUGUCGUAUCUCAAUCAAUUCCUGCUUGGAUUAUGCGUGCUGGAGCCACUGUACAACCGGUCCAUCCAACACCUGCUAUUACUCCACCUAAUUCACUUGCUGGUCCUAAACAGACAGCAGAAAUAAGACCUAUCACAAGUAAUGUAGCUGCUGUCAUGCCAACCCCAGCACCAUCGUCAGUCCCGAUGCUGAUAACAAGUGGUCAGUCAGAAAAUGUCCCUAUUUGUGGACCCUCAAGUAUUGCAAUUUGUUCACCUGUAUCUGAUACAACUGUAGGUCCCAGCUCAUCAUUGUUUACGUCUUGCGAUCAGAAUGCUGCGUCUUUAUUGCGAAAUACAUUUCUACGCCGAGGUAAUAUCCUUAACCAGCCUCAAAGUAACAUUUUAACUCCGGCUUGUUCUUCCAGCGUUCCAACUUCAGCACCUCGUUCGACUACAGUUAGCAUAACUGGAAAACGUCGAUUCGAAGAAAGUUGUUCAAGCAGUACUGUGGACUCAAUACUUCAUAUUAUACCACCAGUAGAUGAUAACAUGGUUUCAACAAGUGAAGUUUCUAGAAAUAAUGAAAACUCGUUUUUGUCUGCCAUUAACACUAACCAUUUCCAUCAGCAACAAUUUAACCCUGGCUCUAUUCCUUCUGAAUCUAAGCGUAUACGCCAGGCAGUGGUCAGUGGUCCCAGCACAUCAAUAUCUUUUACCCAGGCAAGCCCUAGUCCAAUUGUCCUUGGUAGAUCACCAUUUGGUAUCAGUGCACCUGCUACAACUCCGUUACAUGCAACUGCUUCUCGUUUAGUUGCUGGACAACAAGAACCCAGUAGCUCUACAUUGGGUACACUGACAGUCGCUACCGGUGUAGCUGGUAUCAUAACUCCUGGAACAUUUGAAACCUCAGAAAGUGUGGAACGAUCAUCAAAUGAAGCCGGUGUAGAAAUAGAACAAGCUACAGCUGAUAUUGUUAUUAGACAAGAGCUUGGUGAAAAUGUAAGAGGUGGGAUUGAUGUACCUACGAUGGAUGGUCACACUGAAGUAAGCUUGAGAAAUUUUUUUGUUAUAGAUUUUAUUUUAUCACUUUAUUGAACCAUGUAGUCCCAUAUUCCGGUAUAUUGAAUUUACCUUGUUUGUUGUAAAGUAGCUGUCGGCCAACAUCACUGAUUGUUUCUUAAGUAGCAAGAAUGCUGCUCUUCAGUAUCUAUUUUCCAACCGACGCAAUUAAAUAAUUAAAAUGCGUUUAUAUUUAGCUGCAGAUCUGACCAAACACGUUAUGAUGUAACAUUUCCAUUAUUGAUCUCUUUACAGAUUAGAAAACUUGUCUUCAUGCCAUAUAACUUCUCUUAGAAUUAUUUGGAGACCACAUUGUAUGUAGGUAAAUUAUUGCCAACUAAAAACGCUUUCAGUAACAACCAAAUGUAAAUGAAAAUGUUCACCGGAUAUCCAAGGGUUAAAAACGACAUGCUAAUUAAUUUGCAGCGGAAAGUUAAUAUCAGUUUACCCAUAUUUUCACACAUAAAUUAUACAUUCAAUAAAAUCCAUCCAAUGUUUUCUUUUAUCAUCCAUCGUUUCAAGUGGCUAUCUUCAGUUUCGAAUGUAUCAAGCAAAAUAUCGUUUAAUUACCUUACAUUCUGUAACAUUCGACAACUCUACCUGGACUUUGAAUCAUUGAUGGAUGAGAACAUUGAAUACCGUAUGAAAAUACAAUCUUUGGGUUAUAGGUAUUUAUUUCAAACUGUAUUGAUAUUUUUUGAUUAGGCGAUUACUGUUCUCUAUCUAACCACUUCCAUCUUAUCAACCAACCCUUCUCGUAUUUUUGCAUAACUGACCCAUAAGAUAUUGAGUCACUUCAACGUAGAUAGUUGUACGUCUUAAGACAACAUUCAGUGCUAGGAUGAAUAUUUCUCUACUACUGUGUUUGACGUUGUGGGUUUCUCGUUGGUGACCUUCAGUUUUUCAGUUUUAAAUGCUAGCUGAUGAUAAUAUUUCCUCAUUUUACUGAUUGUAUUUAAGAAUAUUGAAGUUGUUGAGUCUGAAGUCCGAACAUCUGAUCAAAAUUUAACUAGUCCUAUAAAACCUACAUCAAGUACACUAGAAGAGGUAUGCGAGUCUUCUGAUGAAGAGCAAGAAUGUUAUUCGGAAAAUGAUGCUUUUUACGAUGCUGAUCAACGUGAAUCUGGAUCCAUGGAUGAUGAAUAUGUCGAAAGUGAUUCAAAGGAUUCCUCAUUUGAUGUUAAUAACAAUAAUAACAUUAGAUUCAAUGCUGUUCCGACAACUUCAAGGCCGUCAGGAUUCGCUACAGAAGAUCUUUGUAAACAGGAAGUUGAUACUGUUUACAAUGAAGGUUCUGUACCUGAAGAAGGAGAAGCAGAAGACUACAUGGAAGAAGGGGAUUAUGAUGAGUAUGAAAGAGAAGAUGAAGCUAAUUGUGAUUCAUAUACAGAAGAUGAAGAAGAGGAGGAAGAAGGAGAACAAGAAGUAAUCGAAUUAAGUAGUGGUUCUGAUGAUGAUACCCAGGCACGUGGUGCUGAUGCUGAGGAGCACUACUCUUCUGGUGUGGACAAUUACGGCAACGAGGAAACAAAUGAACACACAGCACCUACAGAUGUGGGAGUACCUGAAAAUGUCGGUAAUUGCAAUGAAAGGGUAGGUGAGGAUGAUGGACAAUUACAUUAUGAGACAAAGAGUAUGGAGAAAAGUGACUCCACUCCACAGAUUUCAGAAAAAGUACCAACUUCUCUCAAUACGGAGAUGGAACCUAUUUCUUCUAGCAAGGGUUUAUUUGGCGAAUCAUCUAUUCCUAAUCUCUUUAGCAACUCUGGUCUGCCCAAAUGUUCCGGCUCAUUAUUGGGUUCAUCUGGUCUUUUCUCCGGUUUCAAGCCUUCUUCACUAACUGUUCCAUAUUCAGUUGCUACUACUGAGUCCGGACUUCCGUCUGGUAGUUGCACGGGACUUUUCAAAUCAUUUUUGCCAGUGAAUACAGUCCCAAGUUCAACCGCCACUCCAUUACUUUUUAAGCCUUCUACAUUCUCUGCUUCAGUUGCAGCUUCCAAAGAACCUUCAAGCUCUGGGGAUUCUAGCACAGCUCGACCAAAGAUUCAACCCAUUGUCUGGGAUUCCUUCGACCCUUCUACUGCACAGUCAAGUGUAUCAGACAGUGCAUGUACUAGUGGGCCGGCUCGAAGAAAAAAAUGGUGUCCUGUCGCUUCCGUGCCAAGAGCUACUAGACGUUCCAGCCUACCUACUAGUAGAGGUUGUGCUGCUGGAAAGCCUGGAUCUAUUCGUGGUGGUUUACCUCCUAGAAGAGGUUAAUGACUAAACAAUAUUGUUGCUGUAUAUUUAAGAGCUAAGAUUUAUGCCCAAUU